CUUGUUGAUGUAAUUGAGCUUACUUUUGAGCAUCAAUAAUUUUGUACUUCAUAUAUAGAAAUUUGUGAUAAUUAAGGAAGGGGUGUAUAUUUACAAAAGGUAGGUUCAUAUAGCAAUAUUAAUAUGGAGGAAAAUCUACCUCCUGGAUUUAGGUUUCAUCCAACAGAUGAAGAACUCAUCACACACUAUUUAACAAUGAAAAUUUCUGAUCAUUCAUUCACAUCAAAAGCUGUUGCAGUUGUUGAUCUCAACAAAUCUGAACCUUGGGAUCUUCCAGGUAAGGCUUCAAUGGGGGAGAAGGAAUGGUAUUUUUUCAGUGUGAGAGAUAGAAAGUAUCCAACUGGACUUAGAACAAAUAGAGCAACUGAAUCAGGGUAUUGGAAAACCACUGGAAAAGACAAGGAAAUAUUUCGUGGUGGAGUUUUGGUAGGAAUGAAGAAAACCCUAGUUUUUUAUAAAGGUAGAGCUCCAAGGGGUGAGAAAAGCAAUUGGGUCAUGCAUGAAUAUAGACUAGAAAAUAAACAUCACUUUCGAUCUUCAAAGGAUGAAUGGGUGGUUUGUAGGGUUUUCCAAAAGAGCAUAGCAUCAAAAAAACCACAACAAACAUCAUCCUCCCAACCACAAUCCCCAUGUGACACAACCUCAAUAGUAAAUGAAUUUGGUGAUGUUGAGCUUCAUCAUAUGGAUUAUUCAACUAACAACAUUUCACCACAAAAUUUCAACACUAAUAAUGUUAACACAAAUAUGAACUUGACAAUGAAUUCAUGGCCAUCUUCAAGUGAUGUUCCUCAUUCUCUUCCAAUAUCUCUACCAUGGCCUUCUAGCUUGUUGAAUCCAAAUAACAUUAAUGUAAAUUCAUUGCUUCUAAAAGCAUUACAACUUAGGAGUUAUCAACAACAAAGAGAAGUUGUUGCACCAACAAAUAUUCAUCAUUUUGCACCAUACAUGUCUCAAGUUGGAGUACUAUCUCAUUCUCAACUUGGAAAUGACCAAAGUAAUAAUGAUUCAAAUAUAAGUGCUUCUUCUUCAAAAGUUUUAGAAUGUAUGCCACAACAUAAUCAACAGGAGCAACCAUUCAACUUGGACUCUAUUUGGUGAUAUUGUUGUUUAAAGCAUGCAUGCAUGAAGCUAAUAAGCUAUAGCUAACAUUAUGUAUACACCAUUGUGAAUUAUAAUAAUCCAUUAAUCCUUGUGAAAAAUAUUGGGAUUUGUGGGGACUUUGUUAUAAUUAUUAGUUUACUUUUUCACUUUCUUUGAAUUCAGCAAAAUAAACAUAGUUGAUGAUGUUGUAAGCAUAUUGCAAAUCAGUUCUUGUAAUUAGGCACAAUAUAUGAUAUAGGUUUCAUGUUCUA